AUGAGCUCGCCGCAGAAGAAGACCGCCGCCACAACAGAGGGUAACCUCUCUGUUGCUCAUAACCAUGAGCGCCAGCAGGCAAAGCGCGACGAGCUCGCUGCAAAGGCCGCGUCGGGGACAACUCAGUCGGAGAUUGUCCUCGAAGGUUCCUCUGUAGUCAACGACGCCGUUGACUAUGGGAGUGACGAUGUAGAGAUGGAAGAGGGCGAGGACUCUUCCAACAUGCGCAAGGAGUCUAUCGACAGUGAUAGUAUCGACCCGCAUGCCGGGUCAAGACGCCAUCGUGAAGGAGAUGACUCGGACGCUUCGAGCUCGAAGCGUUCGCGCGGCGAGAGCGAAACUCCGCUCUCCGCUGCUGGGGCUUCAAGCUCCCCGCGUGAGGUGGCGUCUUCAAGUUCUCCGCGCGCCGCUCAGGCAGCGCGCGAUCCGUGGAUGCCGUCUGCGUCAGAGAUCGCAGACCGUGUGCGCGACACUGUGCCUCCAAACGAAAUCCCGCUGUACGUAUGCAGCGGUAUCAACGACGAUGCUGUUGCGGAGGAGCAGCACUUUGAUCCGUUAACGAAUCAAAGGCGCGAUUAUUACAUCGGGCUCUCCCACGAGCUCCGAUACUUCUCCAGCAAGAAGACUUCUUCUCGCAGCAGAGUGCCUGAGUGGCAGGCACUUUGUCAAAGUUGGAACGCUUUUGUUGAGAACUUCAACAAGAGGCCGGCUGCUUACCGCGAGCGGGCUAAGCAUGCCCGUGAACGCUUCGAGACAUUUUCGACGCGCGGGCGGCUGGAGCAGCUCCACAGAUCCUCUGUGGACGCUGGUAUUCCAUGCGCUGUGCCCGAAGGCCACCAGUGCACGUUGUGUCUUCCGGGUGCGGCGCGCUUGAGCGACAGCGACCUAAACGGGUACACGACGAUUCGUGUACCUGCGAGUCUCAAGGAUCUCCGUGCCAAGUUCUUGGCACGUGAGGAACGCGACGAUCGUGGGGCCUCGGGCGCUGUAGGUGACCACAGCGCUCGCACUACCUUCGCGUCGGCAGUGCGUAGUGAGCUUCGUACUCCCUCACCAUUUCCGGGACGUCCUGCAGCAGGACGUCCCGUGGCUCCCAUGUAUCUUGGUGGGGCGGAAACCCUCUCCAACGAAUAUGAUAACGAACCGGCUGCCGUGUUGAGCCGCGGGCGUCGCGGAUCGGAGGCGGCGGUGGUGGGAACACGCCCCGGGUAUGGUCAACCUGGGGUUGACCUUGGCCCGACGCUCGAGGAGCGGGUCGCUGCUGUGGAACAGCUUCAGAGCCUUGCUCAGGCCUCGCAGACCGCGUCGGACAUCUCUGUCGACGUGGGAGGUCGCGUCGUGCGCUUGGGCCAGCGCGUUCACGCGCUGGAGCAGAGGUUCGCUCCCGCUGGGGCUUCCGCUUCGGGCCAGCCGAGCUAG